ACAACAAGAAAAUGAAAUCCAUGUCGCUCCUCAAUGAACAGAAGUCGAAAUGCCAAGACAUGAAAACUAUCUGUGAGAACUGUAUAUCCAACCUUCAAACCCAAGAGUCCAACAACAUCCAACUGUUCAUAUCAGGAAGAAAGGCCUUUAAAGAGCUGACCAGUCUCCAGACAACACUGAAUGACGUCUGCAACAAGAGCAGAGUUCCCCGGUACCAAUUUCGCAGGGAUCCAUCUACUGAACAGUUGUUGGCCUCCAUCACAGCGAUAGGGAGAGUGGAAAAGACGGAUUCAGCUUCAACCAGUGAGCAGCAGAACCGGCAACAGGAACUAAAGCAGCAGCAACAACAACAAGCAACACAGACACACUCGACACCCCUGAAAGAAAUGACGGAUUCAGCUUCAACCAGUGAGAAGCAGAACCGGCAACAGGAACUAAAGCAGCAGCAGCAACAACAAGCAACACAGGCACACUCGACACCCCUGAAAGAAAAGACGGAUUCAGCUUCAACCAGUGAGAAGCAGAACCGGCAACAGGAACUAAAGCAGCAGCAGCAACAACAAGCAACACAGGCACACUCGACACCCCUGAAAGUUCCCUUGCAUGGCAGCACAGAUCUAAGCCAGGCCAAGUUCAGCAGGCAGCCAGAUAUCUCAGUGAAGACAGCAAGUGAUAACAAGACCUGCCAUCUGACCGGUGUGGCCCGCCUGCCCGGGGACAGGUUGCUACUUACUGAUUUCAACAAUCUGUCAGUGAAGCUAGUGAACACUGAAACCAACACAAUGUUGUCGCAGGUGAAACUGCCAGAUCAGCCGUGGGACCUGUGUCUCCUGCCCGGGGACAGGGCAGCCGUUACUCUGCCUUGUGAGUGGAAGAUACAGUUCCUGUCCACUAAGGGUGAAGUCUCACUACAAGAUAUUGUUGCAGUAGGUGGAAGGUGUUAUGGAAUAGAUUUCUGUGAUGACAACUUGAUUGUGUCUUUCUUCUACCCAGGUAAGGUUGUGUUGAUGGACAUGAAGGGAAAGAAGAGUGUGGACAAAGACAGCAGUAGCAAAUCUUUGUUUAUAAAUUCUGAGUAUCUGACAGUGACCAGAGAGAGCCACAGACCGUCAAUAUAUGUAUCAGACUGGAGCGACACCAUCACCAUGCUAAGCACUUCUCUACAAGUCCUCAAAACAUUCAAGGACGCUGCACUGACUGGACCACGUGGCCUGACAGCCGUGGGGGACAACCAGCUGCUCGUGUGUGACAAUAACACCAUCAUGUUUCUAGACACGUCCACAGGCAAGAUAACCCAACUAAUGGGUAACGGAGAUGGGAUAGAGAAGUCAUACAGUGUGGCUUACUGCUUACUGAAGAAGUGGAUGUUUGUUACCUGCUACGAGAACGACUUUGUGAAAGUGUUCAAAGUUAAAUAA